AUGUUUAAUAAAUUUGUAUCAUUCACAGGCGGCAGAAGGGCGUUCGUCGUGUGUAGGAUGGAGGGAGCAUCGGCCCAGCAACAAAUAGAAGCAGCACUCAUCGAUACUGAAGUAUCCCAAGGGCACCAAGAAGAUGAAGUUCCCACCACCUUGCAGGCCGAAGAGCUGACAUGCUCGCUUUACAUUUCACGUGCUGGCAAUAGCCCGAAUAGUCAAAAUUCCCAGAGUGGUAGCGAGCUGGCAAAAGUGGUCCUGGAAGACGCAAUACGCAUGGCUGAUCCAUCCGCUGGAUGGCAAGUAUCCGAGACUUCGUGCGGUCUCAUAGCUGCCUUUGCACGAGAAACCGAUGCGGACAAGCUGCUACAGAGAGGAGAUCUUGCACGGAUAUUUGAAGGCCCUGUUCAGGUAGCUCGCUUUUCAGCAAGGGAUUCUCGGUAUCAUCAGGCAGUUUUGUUACGAGACGUGCCAUGGGCGAUUCCACUCCAGGAUCUGAGUUCUGCGUUAUCAAAGCAAGGCAUUGCUGCAGGGAGCGUUGAACGAUCUCGUCAAUACGUCAGAGUUGAGGUUCUCAAUGCAGGUCAUUACGAGCUACUCUUACGUCAAGGUCUUGAUUUUUUUGGAGCUGCUCGAUUCAGCGCGGUACCAGAACGAUGGUGGCGAAAUGGUGGUUCCGUCGGAGGGGGGCCGUCACAGGCAGUCAUUGGAGGAACCGCAGCUGGUUGCAACGGAGGCGAAUUGCCACCUGCGCAGCAGGGUGACGGAGUAUUGCAGUGCUACAGAUGCCAGGGUUUCUGGCAUGUAGCCGCCAACUGUAGGCAUUUGCCAAGAUGCGUACGCUGUGGUGAACCGCACAGCGUUGAAUUUUGCCCACGUCCACGAAGCAAUCCUGUCUGUUGUCAUUGUGCAGGCCCUCACCACGCAGGAUUCCGUCAGUGUCCAGUCAGGCUGCAACUUUUGAAUGCGACCCCGAUCAGUAUCACGUUAAGUACAACACGGGCAGGAGGGCAAUACGGUCUUCAAGCUGUAAGCAAAGCUAGCCUUCCCCAAGAGCAGCAGUCGCAGUCCCAGGUUGCGCCUAGUCCUUAAAAUCUGAUAACGAAUGGUAAAUUUGAGUUAUCCUAUACACCUCAUAUCCUAUCAAAUCAUUGUAAUCUAGGUACAUAAAUAUAUUCAAAUAAUAAUAGUAAUGGUAAACCAAUAAUAAUAGAUGAUCAACAUUAACAAAGCAAUGUCCUCCUCAAUAAGUACUAGCCCAAAAAUAGAUAUGCCACGAAGGAUAUAACAAAUUAGAAAUUCUCAGAGAAUUCUUAACAAGACAGUUAAUAAUACAAAUCCACCUAUUGUUUCGAGAUCUUUUUUACUUUAGCAUGACUCUCUAUGCUGUUAUAAGUCUGAAAUUCAAUGAUAGCUUGUUUUUACACAAGGGUUGCUUGUGCCUUUGUUAACCACAGAUAUAGAAAUUAGCAGUAACAAAGAGGUUGCCUAAUACUAUUUUAUCAAAAACUUAGGCAGCCUUAUCAAUUUUCAACGAACAAGAUAAAACGGACUGUACAUUUUUUUAAAUGUUUAUGUGCGAUUUCAUUCAAAUACAUGCAAAUAUAUAUAUAUUGAAUAUAACCAAGAUGUUCGUAUUUUCAACAUUCAAACAAUCCGUCUUGCUGUUGGUAAUUCUAUAGAGAGUAAUUUGACAUGCUCAAAAUUCUCACAGGGCGCAUUUGUCAAUUUGAAAAUAACUGGGCCUGAAAAAGCGAUUUACAAAAGCAUAAGCAAUUACUAAACUUGCCUCGUAAUACAUUAUCGGAAGUUCUCUGCCUGUGUAAAUUUAACUUUUUGCUAUCAUAUACAAAAAAACGUAUACGCACGUAUGUACAUAAUUUGCAAUUUUAAUAUCGUUCGUUAUUAAUUUACGAUUUCUCAGAUCGUCCAAUACAGUAGAAGUAUAGAAAUGCUAUGAGUAACUAAGACAAGUCAUUGUGUAACAUAACUUUUGAACAUUGAUAACAGAGAGAAAAGAGAAUACAUGAAAGAACAUCACGUUAAAUUGUAAUAUCAUAACAUCUAAUAUUAUAAUUCAAAUUUGAGUCAAAUAGUCACUUAUAUUAAUUCCAAAGAGUGCUGCAAGACAACAAUGGUAAUUAUUAUCAUAAUAUAUUUCCAACAUUUACAACUUUGUGUGAAUGACUUACGGUUGGAAGUAGUUUGAAAUUUGUGUUAUCUUUACUUAUUUUCUAUCAUUUGUCUACAGGAAUCUUCAAUUCAUAAGGUAUGUAAUGAUGAAUUUUGUUCUCUCUAAACACAAGAUCGAAACCAGAAAAAAAAAAUUCAAACAACAUUUUUGAGAAGUCACGUAAA